AUGAUUGGAAGUCGUCAGAGUCUUGCACGGUUAAGUCAAGAUGAACAACAAGUAAAUUAUAGUGAUAAUAAUGAAAUAAUUUAUUAUGAUGAUCAACAAGAAGAAGUUGAAACUUUUAAUGAAUUUGAAGAUUUUGUACCAAGUGCAAAAAGUGAUGCAAAUAAAUUUCGAAUGUUAUGUGAUCAUGUUCAAAAUAGUUUAUCUGAUAUUGAUAAUUCAAUGUUUGAAUUACUUGAAUUAAAAGAUAAUUUACUUCUUCAAUUCUUACCAGCAAAUGUAUCAACACGAAUAACACUUGUUAUAUCACGAUUAUAUCGUGCUUAUUCAUUAUCACAAAUACCACUGAAUGAACUUGUUCGUAUUGUUAAUUUAUAUAGUCAACCAUUUGAUAUGAAAAGUGUUGUUAUAAAAAGAUUUUAUGAAAGUAAUGAAACAAAAAAACGAAUGCUUAAUGCUGCUUUACAAAGAUUAACAUCGAUGGAAGCUAAUAAUAAACGUCAUCAACAAAUAAAAAUGAUUAAUAAUUGGGAAAAAAUGUAUAUUCGUCUUGCAUUACCACGAUCAAAUGUACGCAAAUGGAAAUUUCGAUUAAAAACUUUUCGAGAUACAGCUCAACUUGGUUAUGAACAUGUUAUUGAAUGGUUAAAUACGAGUGCAGCACGUCCAACAACUGGAACAGAAGUUUUAUCGAAAGGAGAAUCUGCUGCUGAUGAUGAAGUUGAUAUUGAUGAUAUGGAUCGAGCUGAUUCAUCAGGUGGUGAAGAUAGUGUACAAGAAGUCGAUGAUCAACAUCAUGGUUCGGAUUAUGGUGAUGAAAUUGGAAGUGAUAAUGAAGGAAGUUUUUUAAGUAGCGCUGGAAAACAAAGAACAAAACGAGUAGGUGAAUCAGACAAAAAAGAUCAAGUCGAAGAACAGGCAGUAAUGGCGAAAAUUGAUAUUGAAAUACAAGCAACACCUAGUGUCGAUGAUCAAUACACAUCAACUGGCGAUGUUUUAUCAUCAAAAGCACUUAUUAUACGUGUAUAUCGACCUGUUGGGCUUUCAAAAACAAAAUUUCAAUGUAUUAUUCAUACUCUAGGACAAAAUUAUAAAACAAAUGUGUUUAGUUUAGAGAAACCAGUAACUCCUAAAAGUGAUAAUGCAAAACCUUCGAAACGAGGAACUACUCGACCAACGAAAAAACCAAUCGAUUCAAAAAAUAAAAAUCUUGAUGAAAGCACAGCAAUUCCAGAAGAAACUGAUAUAAAUACUAUUGAUAAAGAACAAUGUGAUGAAUUAAUUAUUCCAGUACCAACUUUUCUUAAACGUCGAUCAUUACUUGAAACUGACACUGAUCCUGAAGCUAUACAUAUAGAUAUUCUUGGUGAUGAUAAACCUUGUGGAUCAGUCAUUCUCUCACCUGAAGAUCUACGAUUGCUUGAAUUACCAGAUUUACAUAGUCCAUCAUCUGCACCUUUGAUAACUAUUGAUGAUAAUACAACAAAUGUAGUAGAAUCAACCUCAAAAACGAAUCAACUUGAAUUUGAAGAACAAUCCUAUGAUCUUUAUAAAGCUUGGAUAUCACGUACACCACAAACAUUUACAGUUUAUAAUGAUAAACGUGAACCUAUUGGGAAAUUACCUUUACAUUUGUUUUGGUAUAAUAAAGUAGAAGUAACUCAUGCAACGAAAUGCACAAUGACUGCUCCUAUGCAAAGUCGUGUACCAACAGGUAAAACCGUUUCUAUUCCUCAAACACCGAAAACAUCGUCUGUACCUCCAACACCACCGUCACGAGGAACACAAGAGAGAGAUAUUCCAACAAUUGUCGUUCAAACAACAUCAGAUAUCGAAGAAAUUAUAGAACCAGCUGUUAAUGUUUCGGCAGAUAAUGAGGAACAAAUAGAAAUGGUUAAAGCAACAUACGAAGAUAAAAUAGUUAAAAUUUGUGAGAGUUACGAAGCAGAAAUUGAUCGAUUAAAGAAACUUCUCAGUGAAACAUCAUCUUAUAAUCCAAAUCAAAUGCCUGAACUAUCAGAAUUAGAAGAAAAUAUUCGUGAUAUUAUUGGGGAAGAAUCACCAACAGCUAAUACAUCUCAACGACAAAGUAGAGCACAAUCAAAACGUGAAGUCAUUACACAACAUCACCCAGCACCACCUGACAUUCCUGGUCCUGCUAGAAAUUUUCUUGAUCGUUAUCAAAUGUAUCUCGAUCGAAGUGUUAAACAUCGUAAUCGUUUAAUGACUAAAGUCGAACAAGAAACAGCACAAACAAUAGAACGUCAAAUGGCAAUUCAACAUCGAUUACAUAAACCUGAUCAAAGUGGAGAACGUUACGAUGAUUUAUGUUUACCAGCGGUUUUUAUGCCUUUUAAGUCGGGAAAUGUUUUCAAUCCAAGAGCUUAUCGAUUCUUUCAUCAUACUGGUUCAUCAGACCCUCGUUUAACUCAAACACCAUCAAUAUUUAAACUUCCACCAUUACCAUCAGGCUCAGUAUCUGUAUUAAAUCUUUUUGAAUUAAGUCGAUGUUAUGAUGCUGCAACUGAGAAUGGUCAACUAGCACCUGAACCAAAUCGUCCAGUAACGUCUCCAACAAAUCAACAAGCAAAUUAA